AUGGCUAAAGAAGAAGAAACAAAGAUAGACGAAAAGACGGAAGUCGAAGAGACCAAGGAGGAAGAAAAGAAAGAAGAGGCUAAGACAGAGUCUAAGGAUGAACUUAAGGAUGAGCUCAAGGAUGAAUCUAAGGAUGAGUCUAAGGUCGAAUCCAAGGACGAAUCCAAAGAUGAACCAAAGGAAGAACUCAAGGAAGAAUCCAAGGAAACCCCAAUUGACCCUGAUGACAUUCCUCUUUCUCAGCUCCAGAAAGACAUUAAGAGCGGCAAGAUUGCGGCAGUUUCAAUCGAAGACGAUACUGCAGAACGCGCGCCGACUCCUCCUCCCAAACCUCCACGUCCCUUGUCUCCCUUUUCUCAAGCCCAGCUAACUCUUUCGGAAGCUUUCCCCACGGUAGAGUCCAAAGUAGUGCGCGCAGUUUUGAUUGCAUCUGGCGGACGUGUGGACCCUGCCUUUAACGGCCUGUUGUCACUUACAGACCCAGAUUAUAAGCUGGACGAAUCGCAAUUUGCACCACCUCCAACUCGCUACCCACCAGGCCAGCGCCACCACGUGGCACCUCCACCACCACAAUCACUAGCGCAUGCAUCGUACGGCCAGGGCCGUCCACCCGCGUCGCGGUACCGCCAGGGAACACAGCCAGCAGUAGCAGCAGCAACAACAACAACAACAACAGCAACAGGUGGAGAAGCAUUGGCAUCACAGCGUGCGGCCAAACAGGCUUCGGCAACAGAAGCGAUCCGCAACGAUGCUGCUCAAAUUGAAGAGGAUGAGAAACUUGCGCGAAUGCUUGCAGCGGAAUUUGAUGGAAGCGCAGCGGCAGCAGCGCACGCGGCUACAGGAGGUGCAGCAGCUCGGGAGGCUCGACGGGUGCGGUACGCUGAUACGGGUCGCGGAACGACGUACAAUGAUCCACGGGACAAGAAUGCUCGCCGGGAAUCUGGAGGGUCAUUCCGACACGCAGUUCCACCUAGUCAUCAGCGGUACUAUGAUGGUGCUUAUGAUCGGUUUGAGGGAGAUGAUGAAGAUGAUGAUGAUGACUUGUACAAGGAAGGGUCAUUUUUUGAUGACGAUCUGCCCCAAAUUAGGGAUAACUUGACCAAGGGGUUUAAUGAGACUCGCGAUAAAGUGAACAAUUGGGUUGAGAAUUUUAAGAAGAAGAUUGAUGGAGAUGAAUCGACACCUGGAUUGUUUUCGAAUUUCUUUGGUGGAGGAGCAGCAGCAGCAACAGCUUCCAAUAGUGGGUCUUACAAUAAUGGAUACAAUAAUAAUAAUAAUAAUAAUAACAAUAAUGACAGAUAUGGAGGAAGAGAAGGAUACCGUGGAGUUCCAGCUGGUGGGCGGACUCAACGGUUUUAUGACCGGGAUCCUGAGGAGGUUGUUUUUAAUGGAAUUGAUAUGCGCAAUGAUGAUGAAGAUGAUGCCGAUAGUGGUCCUGCACCUCGGUUACCUCGGCGGCCAGAGGUAAACAAGGAAAAUUCUGGGACUCGAGCUCGGAGUGGUAGUGAGACAAAAUGGGAGCCAUUGAAUACGGUAUCACCAGUUCCUGUUUCUGAAGGCAGUGGUGCUAUUGGAGGGAAGAAUAGUGAGGGAGAAGGUGAGGGAGAAGAGAAUAGUGGUAUUAGUAGUAGUAAUAGUAGUAGUACUAAGAAGGAUCAAAAGGAAGAGGGUAAGUUGGUAGUAGUUGAGGGUAAAGAAACUGGAGAAAAGAGAGGGAGUAUAGGAGAUGGAUCAGUUGGAGAAGAUGAUGAUCCGUUUUUUAUUGGAGAUAGUGAAGAUGAAGAUGAAGAAGUUGAUUCUAGUAAGAAGAAGAGUGGAAGUAAGUAA